UUUAGCGGGGAACUGGGGCAGGAGAAGAAGGCAGUAAAACUUCAGCUGUCCCAGCUUUAAACUUUAAAAAAACAAAACAAUAAAAUAAUAUUGAUAUUAAGUAUUCAGGUGGUAUUCACAUUUAGAAAAGUUCAGGUAGAGGAACAUUAACAUUUCCUCUGUAUAAUAUCUUGUGUCUUACGAUUCAACGCAAUGGAUUAAAUGUGUAUGUAUUGUAUUGGGGUGAUUAUAAAUGAGUACUGCAACAAAAAUGUAUUUAAAUGCACUAUUAGUCAGAGGUGGAAAGUAAUUAAUUACAUUUACUGUAAUUGAGUAGGUUUGUACUUGUACUUUUUAAAGUCAUUCUUAAAAUUUGUAAUUUUACUUUUAAUGAAGUAUGUUUUUUUUCGAAGAACUGUACUUCACUACGUUUUAAAUCACACCCGUUACUGAGUAAAAAAAAGUAAAAUAAUAAUAGUAUAGUAAAAUAUGUUUACAUAUUUAUUUUGUCAGUACUUUAAUUUGUAAAGGUUUGUCUUCAUGUGAGAUGUGUGUCCCCUUGUCUAAGUAUAUUUUAUUGAUUAUCUUUGAAUUGAGUACAUUUUUAUACCAGUACUUGUAUUUGCACUUAAGCACAAUUUUAUCAAAAUAGUGGUACUUUUACUUGACUAGAAUAUUUCAGUACUUUCCACCAGUAUAAAAAGCUGAAAUAAAGGCCUGUUAUUCGACUAAUUAUUGAGACUUUUAUUUUGAAAGAAGAACCCAAACACCGGACGUGUUAUUUUGUUAAAAGGUAAGAGAGUCAAACUCGUGUCUUGUCAGCUGUCUGUCUGUCGUGCUCAUCCUUUCACCUGUGUAUUAUCACAUUCAAGCUAUCGGUUUCCUGUUGGUGGUUAAUUCACUUGCGAGUUUCUCUGCCUGCGAAACAACGACGACGUUAUUUAAAUAUUUCCGCUUUCUUCGGCAGUUACACAGCGACGUUUAAAUGCCAUGUCAGGUAGGAGAAAACAACACUCACUCCCAAGUAAGUACAAGUAUUUGUCGCAAAAAAAAAAUUAGAUUUUUAUAUUUUAAUUGAAUGCAUUGUGAUACAUUUUUGAAGUUUUGUUGCCCCUUGAAUGUACGUAUUUGCAUUACUUUUGCACUACAUGUGUUUCUUCAUUUAGAUCACGGUGACAGACGAAUACCCAACAACGUGGACCAACUUGCUUUCAAAUACAUGGAGAUGUGUAAAGUGGACUCCAGCACCGAUAGUGACUCAGAAACUAGUCCCAGAUGGUCGGACACCAGCACCAUGGGCUGUGUGAGCAGCGCGCCAGAGUGUGGGACACUACGUCGAACUCUGCCUCUGAGGCCUGCAGCACGGCAUAGCUGCACUUCUAUGUUUUUGGACCCGUACGACGGGAGCUCUGAGGAUUCAGAUGAGUCAGACGCAGACGGUGUCUCCAGGAGAUGGAGGCAGCAGGGACGAGCGGGAGGAUGUCGAUUUUCGAGCCGCAGCAGGAGAUUCAUCCUCCACCAACCGGCGUCUGCUGCCCUCAGAGAAGCGAUGAUGAAAAGAGAUCCUGUAACAGAGCAGCAACAUCCUCUCGAUGUGCAGAUGAAGUGUGGGAGUGACUCUGAGCUGUGGGUCUGUGAGAUCGACACUGUGCCCUCAUCCCACAGUGACCAGAAUGCUCGUGGAGAUCACGCAGUGGAAAAGAGGAGUCAUUCGACCGCACACGCCCAAAUCGUGAAGAUGGAGUUGCAAUUUGACGACUCAGGCUUGCACACGACAAGAUCUUCCACACCCCACACUCCAGGACCUCUCACCCCAGUGGGAGGGAGCUCAGCGUGGAUGCUGGAUAGCUCCUCUGAAAGAUCUCCCAGCCCGUGUAACCUCCGAUCUCUUUCCAAGAGAAAGUUCGGGCUCCCUGGAGCAGAAGUGGUCGAACUGGGGCAAAGAAAGAGGCAGUGUGUCGUCAAUAUGGAGCAGGAAGAGGAGGCAGCAGACUCUGCAUCUGAACCCUGUUUGAGCCACUUGCCCAAGGACUGACACAAUUGAUUUAGGGUGGAAAGAAAUAUUGUAAAUAGUUUAAAAUGCACUUUGGUUUGAUUGUUUUUGAUGCACUUUGAAUGUCUCACGUGUGUCACAAAUUGUGACCUUAAAACCUCCCUCAGUAAACUCAGUCCCAUGAUAAAUAAAUAAAAACAAACACACAUAGAGCUACAAGUCAUUUUGCAUUCGUGAAAGGCAAAAAUUCAGAUUAAAUCUGAUUAUUUUGUAGCAAUCACAGCCAGAGACAUCUGCAGAAAUCUGAUUUGAAUUAAAAAAAGAAA